AUGUACUAUAUGCUCACAGUCCUGCCAUCGGUUGGCAUUGGAGCCCUUUCUGCUAGGGAGGCUGAAGGAAGAGCUAAUAUCUCUGCAGGAGAUAAGGAGGCCCAUAAGCUACUCCAACCGGUGGACAAAACUCUAAAGACAAUGGCAAUAGAAUUUGCUGAGUACCAGGUCUGUGUUGAUGUAUUUAUUACUUCCCAAUCUUAUGUCGACAUUGCGUCCAUCUCUGUCAUUCCAAGAACUACUGGAGGGCAGGGCCGUGACAAUUUGGAUCAAGCCCAUUCUUAUCAUAAAUUUGACUUAGAGGAUUUAAGGGUCAAUCUGGGAACCUUAGACUCUAGUGCUCAGAGAGUUUUUGCAAGUUCUCCUUGGUCGAUGCCUUUGUCAAUUCAAUUCUUUCAGGAAGAGGAGCGAUUUGACCUGAUGUGUGUGCAAUCAAAGGUGUAUUACUAUUAUCCUUUCUCUGCCCUAUCUGAUCCUGCUAAGCUUUACAAUGAUCUUCGAUGGAACGUCACAAGACCUCAAGGUUUGGAGGCAGUCAUGCGUGUAAGAUGCAGCCAGGGUCUCCAAGUUCAAGAAUAUUAUGGAAACUUUUGUAAACGCAUUCCGACAGAUGUGGACUUACCAGCGAUCGAUUGUGAUAAAACAAUAUUGGUAACCUUGAAACAUGAUGAUAAAUUGCAGGAUGGCUCAGAAUGUGCUUUUCAGUGUGCUCUUCUUUACACCACUGUCUAUGGCCAAAGAAGAAUCCGAGUGUCUACCCUGUCUUUGCCAUGCACCACCAUGCUGAGUAAUCUAUUUCGCUUGGCUGACUUGGACACUCAAUUCGCUUGUUUCUUGAAGCAAGUGGCAAAUGAAAUUCCCUCCAGUCCACUAUUCCAAGUCAAGGAGCAAGUAACAAACCAUUGCAUAAACAUUCUGCAUUCAUACCGUAAAUUUUGUGCUACUGUAUCCUCAGCUGGACAACUUAUUCUUCCUGAGGCCCUUAAACUGUUGCCCCUAUAUACGCUUGCAUUUAGAGAUCAUUAUGCAAGCAGGGACUUUACCAUCCUUAAGAAAGCCCAAGCUGAGAUCAAAUAUAGUGGAGACAAAAUCAUGGCCGUCUUGCUUAUUCACCCUCUUAAGUCAGGAUAA